GUAGCAGGAAUCGGUGUUAUAAUUUUCCAACCACACGGCGAGGCUCGUUGUACCACCGUUAGUGUUAUUAUAACGUAAAAGUUACGGAUUCAUCUGGCUAAACUGUGAUACAGAGACGAGUCAAAGUUCUUUAAAUACCAUCGAAGAAAAAGUACACGUUUUUUUUGACCAGGAGCUGUGUCCAAACAGUCAGGAUAAUGGACGGCCAAGUGACAAUAGUUACCAACCCCACUGUGAAUGUGCGCCUAACAAGCACCAUCAUCUCCUUUGAGACGCAGCGCAGGUUCAAUAGAGGGAUUAGUGUUGCAGAGCUGAAGGGAAAGUUGGAGAUGGUUGUGGGCACACCAGCCUCCUGCAUGGACCUGGAGUUAUACAGUGUCUCUGACAAGUUCAUGCAGAAAAUAGACGACAAUGAAGCUUUGCUGGGUUCCUAUCCUGUGGAUGAUGACUGCAGAAUACAUGUCAUUGAUAGAAGUGGAGGUCAGAUGGGUGAAUUCACUGAUGUUUCCAAAGUGGAGAAGUUUGAACUCUCAGAUGAGGCAUAUGAUAAGAAAACAGACUCAGCAAGGUCAUUCAUGAAGAAACAACGUGUUGGCCGCUUCAAUGAGGAAGAAGUGGCCAAGAAGAAAGCUGAUCUCGCUGCUCGGGAGGAGGAACAGAAGGCUGCUGCUGAUGCCAUUUCUGUUGGCAGCCGAUGCCAAGUGCAUGUCCCUGGGCAGCCCACGAAGGUUGGCACAGUCAUGUAUGUUGGCACAGCAGAUUUCAAGCCAGGCUUUUGGGUGGGUGUGAAGUACGACGAGCCCCUGGGAAAGCACGAUGGAAUUGUUGAAGGGAAGCGAUACUUUGAUUGUGAGAACAAAUAUGGUGCAUUUGUGAAGCCCCUGAGUGUGACUGUGGGAGACUUCCCUGAGGAGGAUUAUGGUUUAGAUGAGAUGUAGGACUGUGUGGUUUGUAGUUUUUCUGCCCUGAAAUUUCCAUUCAGCAACCUGGAGAUAACAGAGUCAUAUAUAUUGUAACGAAUGUCUUUUUUUGUUUGUUUGUUUCGUGCUUCUCUGGAAGGCAUGAUCAAAAGGCAUUUCAGCCUCAGUAACUUCAAUGCAACUUGACAGAGGUGACUGUCAGGUAGUAGUCUCUUGGUGAACUGGAUAUGAUAAUAACACAGCAUAAUCACAGGAGUAGCUCACACCAACAAGGUUUGAUAAAGGAGAGUAUUUGUUCAUGUGAGGCGGCAUAAUGAAGGUUAAUAUGUAGUUCUUCACUUCAUGCACUUGCUUUACUAGUACUUGUUGCUCCCAUGCUUUCUUAAGGUGGGUCUUCAAUGUCAUCCGGCAUUGUUGACAGUUUGGAUACCAACUAUUGUGUAAAAAGAUGAUUGUAUAUAACUGUCUAUAGUGAACUGUAGUCUUAGCAUUUGUUGAAGACUGUAAAUUGCUGAGAGAGUGGUCCAAGGAUUGGAAAACUGUUUGCUGAAGGAAAAAUUUACCCUAAAAUACUUUGACACUAAAAUCAAAAGUGUAAUUGUUGCUCAUAGCCCUGACUAAUACAAUGUCCAGUCAUUUACUUAAAUCAGUCUUCAAUGGUCUUCAAUGGUCAAAGUCAUUCCACUAUUGAACAAUUGACAAAAACUUCACAGUUCAAGGACAGUUCAAGGACAAACUCCCCAAAUCCCCACCAACAGUAGCCUGAAUAGUCCAUAAUGAAACACAGCUGUAAGCGGAAGCGGAAACUCUUGUUCCUAUUUGCUAUAUUUGCAGUUAUUGCCAUUUACACAGGUGUACGAUGCCAAAAUAUGAGCAUUAAAGUAUGCAAGGGUAUAUAUUUCCUUUCUAAACAACUUAUAAUUCCUUAAAUUUCAUUAUUCGUUUGUAUGUGGUAUGUAAAACAGUCCCAUUUUUAGGCUUCCAAGUGGAUAUAAGAUGUAAUUCCCCUUUAUUUUUCUGAUUGAAUUCCUCUUGUUAAAAAAUUUAAGUUUCUGCACUUUAAUGUAUCCUGCUUAUAUUGAACCACUGAAAUAAAAAAAAAUAUUGUUUCAAGAUAAAAAUUUGAUUUAUUUUUGUUUAAUUUAAAUGCGAUCUAUCAGAUCAAAUUUAUCUACUUAAGAUAAAGCUCAGAUAAGCUUUCCUGUAUACAAAUGGGAUGACAUCAUCCAAAAAUAAAUCCAAUAUCUACGGAGAGUGUAUUCUGUUUGAUUUUAAAGUGUAUCAAAAAUUCAAAUAGCAUUCAAAUUCAAGUCAUACCCAACAGACAUUUCUUUUUUUAAUUCCUGAAGUUCUAUAUAAGCAUGGCACAUUGAAUUUCAUGCUGUGUCAAGCAGUACAGUCCCUCAGCACUAGUAUUACACAGCUUUUUGUUCAAGUGGGCUUAAGUAAUAGGUCAUUUAGUGGAGAUGUAUAAGUAUAAAGUAACUCCAUGAGACUUACAUUGUACUAUUAGAUGCAUAUUUUUUAUUGAAUACCAUUGAUACCAGGUUGGCCAUCAGCGUAAUAUUUCAAAACACAAGCACAGCGAAACCUAUGAAACUGAUUGUAUGUAUUUGCCGCUCCUGUGUCUACAUGGUAAAGUGCAUCAUCUUGUGUUCAGUCUCUGAACUAUCUGACAGUGAACAGGUACAUCAGUCACACUUCAGUUAACUGCCUCUCUCUCCAUUACAAUCACCACAACACUUUUGAUAAUGCAUUUCAAAUUAAUGAUAUGCCUUAUUUAUGAUUCCUUAUGUGUUACUGGUUCAAAACUGUUAAUAUCCUUUUUUUGUCCUCUAAAUCAGAACAGAGGAAAUGUAAAUUAAUUAUUUUUGUGGUUUCUUUUCAAUGAAAUGUCAUAGCCACAUAUACAAACAUGGAGUAUUGUUCUCUUUUCAUCUUUUAAAACCUGUUAAUUUCUAAGGUGCUGAUUCACUAUGUGCCAAAGGGUAAUGCAUAAUUAUAAAAAAUAAUUUGCCAGUAUAGUAGCUAAUUAAAUAGAGUGGAUUUGUCAGUAUGUAUAAUGUAACAUGAACCAUUUACACUCUGCCUGAAACUUAAAUUUAUUGCAAUUAACAUUUCUCCUCAUUUUAAAUUAUUGUAUAUAUAAAAGUAAUUCUGUUUUACCAUUUUCUCCAAUUUUACUGCUACUUCUGUCUACCUGUAUCUAUUGCAUGUCUGUCCAUCCUGAUAGUGGGAUCACUCAGCUCUUUUUUUCCUCAUCUUAAUUCAGGAUCUAAGGAUAUAGGGUGUGAUAUGUUGUACAGAUUAUAAAACCCUCUGAAGCAAAUUUGUGAUUUGGGGCUGUAUGAAUAAAAUUGACAUGCAACAAUGAA